CUCGUUCCUCUAUCUAUCGAAACCUAGCCGUCGCUCUUGUCUUUUCAUCAUCUGAUACGUUUCCAUGGAUAAAAAUAAGUGGCUGAAGGAAUGCUCUGCAUCCACCACUACCGAUGUUGAAGCAGCCUCGAAGAAAUCUAAGAGAGAGUUUGAUGAUUCAGUGAUACUACUUCUUAAGAAGCAAAAGAAGGAAAUCGAUGAACUAACUAGUUCGUUGAAAUUGAUGUCCGAAGUUAUCAAAACACUGCAGGAUAAUUCAGUGACAAAGGCUGAUCUAGAGGAUAUUUUAUUGAAGGUGAAAGAAACCACAAAUAAGAAGGUGGAACCAGAGUGCGGUUUUGAAACUAGUGGUGCCGAGGGAAACAAUCAAGAGACCAUUUUGGUUAAGGGAUUUGAUUGUUCCUUCCCCAGGGAUGAUAUCAAGAGCUCACUGGAAAAACGUCAUUACUUGAAAGAUUACUUGAAAGAUUUCUGUGAAACUAGUGGUGGUCGUCGAUAUCGUAUACCAGACAGUGCGUUAAACUCCCCUAGUGCUGUUACAUGGCGUGAAGGGGAUGAUAGUAGUGAUGAAGAAGCAAUGGUGACCAACCACAGCUAGUAUUGCUACUCCUAUCGACUUAGCUACAUCAAAUCUUUUAUGUUCAUGUGUGUUUAACUUGAAAAUGAUAACUUAAGAUCAUAUCAUGAUAAAUGUUAUGAUAACUUUUAAAAACCAAACUACAUGUUAUAUAGUCGACUUAGUGCGUUGGUUGACCGAGUUGUUUGGUUGUCAAA